AACUUUGAGCUUUCACACCCUAAGAACAAAACCCUAAUCAGUUUCUUAUGCUUCUUCUCGCCUAAAGUUAUGAACUUUACCACCGUCACCGCCACCAUCCAAACCCCAGAUACGGACACCGAACCGCCCUCGCCGUCGGACCCCAAAUCCAACUUCUUCAGCAGCAGGUCCUUAUCCUUCACCAACGGCGCGUUCCAGCCUCAGUCGACGCCAACAAUGGUGGUUGCCUACAAAGAAUGUCUCAAGAACCAUGCUGCCAGCUUAGGCGGCCAUGCUCUCGACGGUUGCGGCGAGUUCAUGCCUUCCCCCUCCUCCAACCCAGCUGACCCGACCUCGCUAAAAUGCGCCGCUUGUGGCUGUCACCGCAACUUCCACCGCCGUGACCAGUACAGACCCAAAAGUAAUGUUAUUCGCAACCCCCACCGCCUGCUACCGGCGCCGAAACCAGCUCACUACAACCACAGCUCAAGCCCCAGCCCGAGCUCGAGCCCCAACCCAACUUUGAGCCCGCAGUCUCCACCGCCAGUCUCCCACUUGCCCCCCUCCUAUUUCGCUUCCCCGCCGCAAAUGCUGCUCGCUCUCAGUUCCGGCUUCUCUGGGCCGUCUGAUGAGCACCCCCACCAGCACCAACUCAAUCCGACGGCUGUGAAGAAAACGGAGAAGUACCCAGGUGAGAAAAAGAGAUCCAGAACAAGGUUCAGCCAAGAGCAGAAGGAAAAGAUGUUGUCUUUUGCCGAGAAAGUGGGGUGGAGAUUGCAAAAGAGCGAAGAAAGACUGGUGGAGGAUUUCUGCAGCGAGGUGGGGAUUGGGAGGGGAGUUUUCAAGGUUUGGAUGCACAAUAACAAGCACGGUCGGAGGAGAUUGGAGAGAUUGGGCAGCGGAAACGGCAGCUUAGGCGACGGUGGGAAUAUGAACAAAAAUGUCAGUGAGAUCAACGGUGAUGGUGAAAGACUUGGUUUUGACUCCAUGAAUGCUCACAUCGCCAGCUACAAUGUCAAUGCCAACCCCCUGAACGAAGGCAGCAGAGCAAGUUUCCACCUUUCCACCAAUGGGUCGUCGUCUUCGUCGUGAACCAGAGAGAAAGAUGGAAGCUUUUGGGAGAUAUUAAAGUUAAUUAAUCACGCUUAUUAGUAUAAACAUCUCUUGUUAAUUCGCUAGCUCGUUCGUUAAUUAAUAGCUACCGCGUACUGACCGAUCUGCUACUGUUUUGGCGAGGCCGAGAGGAAGGGAUUAGAGAGGAUAACGAUUAAAGAGAAAGUUAAUCAUAUGUUUAGCUGAAAGAUAUUAUUCUUAAUGCAAAGUUAAUUAGUCGAUGUUUUUAGCUUUCCAUUAGUAAUAUAAAGUUGCUUUCUUAUGCAGACAUGUUUGUUUGUUUUCUAGCUGCUGAUUAGUCUUUUUCCUUGUGGUUUAACGAUUAUAAUAUUUGAUAUUUCCAUUUUUGGGUGGCA